UCUAAACGCAAAGAGAAAGAUGUCAGAAGCCGCUCCAGCUCCGGCUCCAGCCGCCGCCAAGGUUAAAGCGGUCAAGAAGAAGGUCGUGAAACCGAAGGCCGCCGGCCCCGGCGUCAGUGAGCUCAUCGUGAAAGCCGUGUCCGCGUCCAAGGAGCGCAGUGGCGCGUCAGUGUCCGCCCUCAAGAAGGCUCUGGCUGCCGGAGGCUACGAUGUGGAGAAGAACAACUCCCGCGUCAACACCACCAUCAAGAAGCUGGUGGUCAGCGGGACCCUGGUCCAGACCAGGGGAACCGGGGCCACGGGCUCGUUCAAGAUGAGCAAGAAGGUGGACACCAAGGUCCAGAAGGCGGUGAAGAAGGCCGCUCCCAAAGCGAAGAAGCCCGCCGCCAAGAAACCUGCAGUGGCUAAAAAGCCCAAGGCAGCCAAGAAGCCAGCAGCCGCUAAAAAGUCCCCGAAGAAGGUGACGAAACCAGCAGCGGCCAAGAAGGUGGCGAAGAGCCCGAAGAAGGUGGCGAAGAGCCCCAAGAAAGUGGCAAAGAGCCCCAAGAAGAUGGGGAAAAAGGCGCCUGCUGCAAAGAAAUCCCCCGCGAAGAGGGUCGCCAAGCCCAAAGCGAUGAAGACAGCAGCCAAGAAGAAGUGA